AUGAGGCCCAAUCGCCUUGAAAGGCAUUUAAAGCAACAACAUCCUACUCUGGUUUUGAAGACGAAAGAGUUUUUUUCUUCUAAAGCAGAAUCACUCAAGCGGAUGAGACUGGAUGAAUCGAGAAGUUAUCACAUAGGUUUAUCGCAGCAUCUCAAGGCUUUAUUUGAAAUAGCUUUAAUCGUAGCAAAGCAAAAGAAACCUCAUACUAUCGGCGAAGAAUUAAUAAAACCAUGUGCCACGCAGAUAUUUUUAGCAGAUGCAGAGCAAAAAAUGAAGUAUAUUUCUCUUUCGAAUAACACAGUCAAGCUUAGAAUCGAUGACAUUGCAGCGGACAUAAAGUCACAAAUAAUUAACAAAGCAAAAUUAUCGCCGUUUUUUGCCAUUAGUUGCGAUGAAUCCACCGACAUCGUUAAUUGUGCACAGUUAAUAGUUUAUGUUCGUUACAUCGGCGGAAAUAUCAUUCAAGAAAAGAUGUUGUACUCCCAAUCUUUGACAGCAGACUACAUCUGA